GUCACCAGCUCGAAUGCGACACAAGUGUUAAUACGCAAUGUGGGCUUCGGUUUAUCGGGCAAUUUUACAUGUGAAGUAACUGCAGAUGCGCCAUUAUUCUCCACAGCCCAGUCAGUUGCAAUAAUGCAGGUUGUCGAACUUCCCGACAAACGUCCAUUAUUGUUUACAGAACAAACUCGCUAUGAACCUGGUGAUAUUUUAAGAGCUAAUUGUAGUACACCUCCUUCCAGACCUAGAGCCGAGCUUAAAUUUACAAUUAAUAAUAUGGUGGUCAACAAUGCCGAAGUACAAUACAUCCCAACCAUUGAUAAUUUGAUUGCAUCACGCAUUAGCUUAAAACUGCAAUUGCAAGGUAUACAUUUCAGUAGCGCUAAUCCCUCGGUGUAUGGCCAUAGUGUUUAUGGUUUAAAUUCCGUACACGGCGGUGGAUUAGUGUUGCGUUGCACCGCAACCAUUGGUCAAUUUUAUCAGGAAUACAAGGAAAUUGAACUGGGUACACCGCAAAAGGAUCCAGUGCCAGCACGAGUAACACUUUCAUCGAGUUCAUCCGUACGAAAUUUCAUGUCAUUCUUUUCAUCCGGCAGUAGUAGAACCAGUUCAUCGUCACUAGACCUCGCCAAGCUAUUACUACUAUCAAAAUUGGGUUCCGCUGGCUGUAACAUUCUAAUCAAUUACUCUAAUAACACAAAUGAGGUCUCAUAUUAA